CGCUGCCCCGCCUCCUGCCGCUGGGCCUCCCGCGCCCCCCGCCGCCUCCACCACUCCGGGGGCGCCGGUGGGCUCCCUGGCCCAGCGCAAACGCGCCCAGUAUGCCAAGAGCAAGAAGCAGGGCAGCUCGGCCAACACGCGGGCCGCCCGGGCUCUAUUCUGCCUCAAGCUUAACAACCCCAUACGCCGGGCGUGCAUCAGCAUCGUGGAGUGGAAGCCUUUUGAUAUCUUUAUAUUGAUAGCGAUUUUUGCCAACUGUAUGGCGUUAGCUGUGUACAUCCCUUUCCCAGAAGACGACUCCAACUCCACAAACCAUGACUUGGAGACAGUGGAAUAUGCCUUUCUCAUCAUCUUCACGAUCGAGACCUUCCUGAAGAUCAUUGCGUAUGGCCUCGUCAUGCACCAGAACGCCUACGUGAGGAACGGAUGGAACAUGCUGGACUUUGUCAUCGUCGUUAUUGGGUUGUUCAGUGUGGUUCUGGAGGUCCUGACUAAAGCAGAGGAGGAGGAGGACGACCCCGUGACGGGGGAGCACCAUGCGGCGGCAGCACACGCUCACGGCGGCAAACCAGGAGGCUUUGACGUCAAGGCCCUGAGAGCCUUCAGGGUGCUAAGGCCCCUCCGCCUCGUCUCUGGAGUGCCUAGUUUACAGGUGGUGUUGAACUCCAUCAUCAAAGCCAUGGUGCCACUGCUGCACAUCGCUCUGCUGGUCCUCUUCGUCAUCAUCAUCUACGCCAUCAUCGGCCUCGAGCUCUUCAUCGGCAAGAUGCACGCCACAUGCUUUUUCACCGGGACAGAAAUGAUAGCAGAAGAUGAGCCGGCUCCGUGUGCGGUGAACGGUCACGGUCGCACGUGCGGCAUGAACGGCACAGAGUGUAAGGAGGGCUGGAACGGCCCCAACGGCGGCAUCACCAACUUUGACAACUUCAUGUUCGCCAUGCUCACUGUCUUCCAGUGCAUCACCAUGGAGGGAUGGACCGACGUGCUCUACUGGGUGAACGACUCUAUUGGCUGGGAGACGCCCUGGAUCUACUUUGUGAGCCUCAUCAUCCUGGGCUCCUUCUUUGUGCUCAACCUGGUGCUGGGUGUGCUGAGUGGAGAGUUCUCUAAAGAGAGAGAGAAGGCGAAGGCGCGUGGAGACUUCCAGAAGCUGCGUGAGAAGCAGCAGCUGGAGGAGGACCUGAAGGGCUACCUGGACUGGAUCACGCAGGCCGAGGACAUCGACCCUGACAACGAGGACGAGGAGGACGGCAAACGCAACCGGGUCACGCUGGCUGACCUGACGGAGAAGAAGAAGUCCGGCAAGUUCGGCUGGUUCAGCCAGUCGUCCGACACUCAUGCGAGUGUUCCGGCGAGCGAGACGGAGUCUGUCAACACCGAGAACGAGAAGGCUGAAGACGCGAAGGCACCGUGCUGCGGAGCGUUUUGUCGGCGCUGGCGUCGAUGGAACCGCUACGUCCGAAGGAAUUGCCGCCUGGCGGUGAAAUCGGUGCCUUUCUAUUGGCUGGUGAUCAUCCUGGUGUUCCUCAACACCCUGACCAUCUCCUCCGAGCACUACAACCAGCCCAUGUGGCUCACACAAGUGCAAGAUGUAGCCAACAAGGUGCUGCUGGCCAUGUUCACGUGUGAGAUGCUGGUGAAGAUGUACAGCCUGGGCCUGCAGGCCUACUUCGUUUCGCUCUUCAACCGCUUUGACUGCUUCGUGGUGUGUGGCGGCAUCACAGAGACCGUCCUGGUGGAGUUUGAGUACAUGUCCCCGCUCGGUAUCUCCGUGUUCCGCUGUGUGCGUCUGCUCAGGAUCUUCAAAGUCACACGGCACUGGCAGUCUCUGAGUAACCUGGUGGCGUCUCUGCUGAACUCCAUGAAGUCCAUCGCCUCCCUGCUGCUGCUCCUCUUCCUCUUCAUCGUCAUCUUCUCGCUGCUCGGCAUGCAGGUCUUCGGCGGCAAGUUCUACUUCGACGAGACGCAGGUCAAGCGCAGCACCUUCGACAACUUCCCUCAGGCAAUGCUCACUGUGUUUCAGAUCCUGACGGGCGAGGACUGGAACAUGGUGAUGUAUGACGGCAUCAUGGCGUACGGAGGCCCUUCCUCUUCUGGAAUGAUCGUCUGCAUAUACUUCAUCAUCCUCUUCAUCUGCGGAAACUACAUCCUGCUGAAUGUCUUCUUGGCCAUCGCUGUGGAUAACCUGGCGGAUGUGGACUCUCUCAACACCCCGAAAAAGGAGGACGAAGGCGAUGAUGAGGAGACUAAGAUACCACUGGAGGACGAGGAAGAGGAGAAAGAAGGCGCAGGUCUCGGUCUCGAAGAGGAGGAGGAGGAGGAGCCUGAGGUGCCAUCAGGGCCGCGUCCCGCCAUCUCGGAACUCGUCAAGAAGGAGAAGAUCACGCCCAUCCCAGAGGGCAGCGCUUUCUUCAUCUUUAGCAACACCAACCCGGUGCGCGUGGCGUGCCACAAGCUGAUCAACCACCACAUCUUUACCAACCUCAUCCUCGUCUUCAUCAUGCUUAGCUCCGCCUCUCUGGCCGCAGAGGACCCAAUCAGGAACUUCUCCGCCCGCAACAUCGUCCUAGGCUAUGCUGAUUAUGUCUUCACUAGUAUGUUUACAUUUGAGAUCGUGUUAAAGAUGACCACCUACGGGGCGUUCCUGCAUAAAGGGGCGUUCUGCCGGAACUACUUCAACCUGCUGGACCUGCUGGUGGUGGGAGUCUCUCUCGUCUCCUUCGGCAUCCAGUCGUCUGCCAUCUCGGUGGUGAAGAUCUUGCGAGUACUUCGAGUGCUGCGUCCCCUCAGGGCCAUCAACAGAGCCAAGGGCCUCAAGCACGUGGUGCAGUGUGUGUUUGUGGCCAUCCGGACCAUCGGCAACAUCAUGAUCGUCACCACUCUGCUACAGUUCAUGUUCGCCUGCAUAGGAGUGCAGCUAUUCAAGGGGAAGUUUUAUCGAUGCAGUGAUGAGGCCAAGUCCGUCCCUGAGGAGUGCAAGGGAACGUUCAUCCACUAUAAAGACGGUGAUGUGAACCAGCCCACUAUUGAUAAGCGCAUCUGGCACAACAGCGACUUCAACUUUGACAACGUGCUGAUGGGCAUGAUGGCACUUUUCACCGUCUCCACGUUCGAGGGCUGGCCAGCGCUCCUGUAUAAAGCCAUUGACUCUAGCAGGGAAAACCUGGGUCCCAUCUACAACAACCGUGUGGAGAUCUCCAUCUUCUUCAUCAUCUACAUCAUCAUCAUCGCCUUCUUCAUGAUGAACAUCUUCGUGGGUUUCGUCAUCGUGACCUUUCAGGAGCAGGGAGAGAAGGAGUACAAGAACUGUGAGCUGGACAAGAACCAGCGUCAGUGUGUGGAGUACGCCCUGAAGGCGCGGCCCCUGCGCCGCUACAUCCCUAAGAACCCCUACCAGUACAAGUUCUGGUACAUGGUCAACUCCACCGGCUUCGAGUACAUCAUGUUCGUACUCAUCAUGCUCAACACCCUGUGUCUGGCAGUGCAGCACCACGGCCAAACACCAGGCUUCAACUACGUGAUGGACAUCCUCAACAUGCUCUUCACCGCCGUCUUCACCGUGGAGAUGGUCCUCAAGCUGAUUGCCUUCAAACCCAGGCACUAUUUCACGGAUGCUUGGAACACGUUUGAUGCCUUAAUAGUAGUGGGUAGCGUCGUUGAUAUUGCUAUCACUGAAGUCAAUAACACGGAGGAGAGCGCACGCAUCUCCAUCACCUUCUUCCGCCUGUUCCGAGUGAUGCGAUUGGUCAAGUUGCUGGCCAGAGGGGAGGGCAUCCGCACACUGCUCUGGACCUUCAUCAAAUCCUUCCAGGCUCUGCCGUAUGUUGCUCUGCUGAUCUGCAUGAUCUUCUUUAUCUAUGCCGUCAUUGGGAUGCAGGUCUUUGGAAAGAUAGCCAUGGUGGAUGGGACCCAAAUAAACAGGAACAACAACUUCCAAACCUUUCCUCAAGCCGUACUCCUGCUGUUCAGGUGUGCCACGGGUGAAGCGUGGCAGGAGAUUAUGCUGGCGUGUCUGCCCGGUAAACUGUGUGACCCGGAGUCAGAUUAUAAUCCCGGAGAAGAGAUGACCUGCGGCAGCAGCUUCGCAAUCAUAUACUUCAUCACCUUCUUCAUGCUCUGCUCUUUCCUGAUCAUCAACCUGUUUGUGGCCGUCAUCAUGGACAACUUUGACUAUCUGACACGUGAUUGGUCCAUACUGGGUCCACAUCACCUUGACGAGUUCAAGAGGAUAUGGUCUGAGUAUGAUCCAGAGGCGAAGGGCAGGAUAAAGCAUCUGGAUGUGGUGGCUCUGCUGCGGCGUAUUCAGCCUCCUCUGGGCUUCGGAAAGCUGUGUCCUCACCGAGUGGCCUGCAAGAGGCUGGUAGCCAUGAAUAUGCCCCUCAACAGUGACGGCACCGUCAUGUUCAACGCCACGCUCUUUGCUCUGGUCAGGACGGCCCUGAAGAUCAAGACAGAGGGUAACCUGGAGCAGGCCAAUGAGGAGCUGCGUGCGGUCAUCAAGAAGAUCUGGAAGCGCACCAGCAUGAAGCUGUUGGACCAAGUGGUGCCCCCUGCAGGCGAUGAUGAGGUAACCGUGGGGAAGUUCUAUGCCACCUUCCUGAUACAGGACUACUUUAGGAAAUUCAAGAAACGCAAAGAGGAGGGCCUGAUGGGGGUUCACCCGUCUAAUUCCAACAACACGGCCAUGGCACUGCAGGCUGGGCUCCGUACGCUGCAUGAUAUUGGGCCAGAAAUCCGCCGAGCCAUAUCAUGUGACCUGCAGGACGAGGAGCUAGUAGACUUUAUUCCUGACGAGGACGAGGAGAUUUAUAGGCGGAACGGCGGUCUGUUCGGUAACCACGUGAACCACGUGGGUCCCCCAGGGGCGCGUCCUCCGGGCCUCCAGACCAACGCCACCCAGCGUCCCCUGCAGGUGCAGCCGCCGCCACACUACGCCCACAUGGAGCAGCCCGUGGGUCGUCUGGGCCGCGCCAACGCCAUGGCACAGCACCACGGCAACAGCCACGGCCCGCCGCACCCACACCACCACCACCAUCACCAUCACCACCACAGCAGCAACAGCCACCACCACCACCAUCACCACAACAACUCCUACGGCAAGUCGCCCAAGUCCACCAACAUCAACCUCAACAACGCCAACGUGUCCAGCCUGCCCAACGGCGGGCACCAUCGCUACUACGACCACCUGCCCCCCAACGGGUAUGUGGGGGGCACCUACUACGACUACGACAAGCCCAGGACUCCCCGCGGGCAGAGGUCUCACGGGGGGGAGAGGAGGCGACCCACCAUCAGGAGGGAGGAGGAGGUGGACGAGGAUCGCUUCUCGGCAGAGUACUUCAGUGGGGAGGAGUUUUAUGAGGACGACAGCAUGCUGUCUGGAGGAGAGAGGUCAUACCAAGGGCACAGAAAACAUUAACAUUUGCACGAUCAGGAGUAUGAGACGCCGCGGGGCUACCAUCACCCCGAUACCUACUACGACGACGACGAGCAACCGCUCUACCACGACUCACGAAGGUCACCCAAGAGACGGCUGCUACCGCCUACGCCGCAAGGCAACAGGAGGCCAUCGUUCAACUUUGAGUGUCUGCGCAGACAGGGCAGCCAAGACGAACUGCCACACCAGCGCACUGCACUACCUCUCCACCUCAUGCAGCACCAGGUGAUGGCGGUGGCAGGUCUGGACUCCAGCAGAGCCCACCGCCUCUCGCCGACCCACUCCACGCGCUCCUGGGCCACGCCCCCGGCCACGCCCCUCAGCAAGGACCGCUCGCCCUACUACACGCCGCUGAUCCGCGUGGACCGGCCAAUCAGAGACAGCCUGAGCAGCAGCCGCUCCUCGCUGCGCAAGAACAGCUGGUACACGGACGAGCACGAGUACACCACGCACGCGCACCCGCACGCGCACCCGGGGCAGCAGCAGCGGCUCACCUACUCCCCCGCCCAGCUGAUGGUCCCGCCAGAGUUCCGGAACCAGUACCAUCAGAAGAGGGGCAGCGCCACCAGCUUAGUGGAGGCGGUGUUAAUAUCAGAGGGUCUGGGCCGCUACGCUAAGGACCCCAAGUUCGUGGCGGCGACCAAGCACGAGAUCGCCGACGCCUGCGAGAUGACCAUCGACGAGAUGGAGAGCGCGGCCAGCCAUCUGCUGAACGGCAGCCUCCCGCCGGGGGUCAACGGCGUCGGCGGCGGGGUCAAUGGCGGCGUGAAUGGCGGGGUGAACGGCAACAUGUUCCCCAUCCUCAGCCAGCAGGACUACGACCUGCAGGACGUGUCGGCCAGCUACAGCGACGAGGAGCUGGAGCCGCGGCCGCGCUACGAGGAGGACCUGGCCGACGAGAUGAUCUGCAUCACCACGUUAUAGCGGCUGCCUCCGGCCCGCUCCACUCCAGGCCGCUCUGCUACGCCAGACUCUGACGUCUCCCACCGUCUCACACCCCUCCACUCUCUCCCUGGACUGCACACAGACACGCAGACAGAGAGACAGACAGCCAGGCAGACAGACUCUAGCCUCUGGCUUCUAGAAACAGGCCGCUGGCCCCUGGCCCCGGGUCUCAGGCCUCACAGGCCCAGCAAUGACACAGUCUUCCCCCAGGGGGCGCCACUGAGACGUGUGGGAGAAAAAAUUAAAAAUGCAACUUGUAUGAGAACCAACUCGUAUGAGAAAGACUGCAAUGCAUCUACUUGCUCUCAACCAAAAGAAGUGCCUUUUUUACAUUUCAAAAAUGGAAAGGCACCUGGAUGACAAGCCUGUAUGGUCCCGCUCCUCCCCCCCUGCA